UUGUUGUCUCAUUGUGAUGUUUCCCAAUAUAAAUUUUGCAGGCAAGUCAGUUGGUGCAGGGAAUAUCCAAAAAACAUAUUCAAUGAACGUUCCAUCUCGAUUUCAAGAGAACUUGGUGUUAUCUGAUUUAAAUUUACUGAUAUCAGAAGAUGCCUUACAGAUGGCCCCUGAAGUGUCUAAUAGCUUUUCAUGUUUGGACUUCAGCAAAAUGAACUCAGAUUUUGAGUGCUCACAGCAACGUCACUUACAUAUGUUGGAGUCUCAACAGAGUGACACAUGGCUUCACCAACCACAUCUGCAGCUUUGUGCACCAGUAAAGAUUGAAGCACAAAGUUGUUUCCAUGAGAAAGUCGAACCCUGCCAGGCAACAAGGGCACAGACUCAGCUCCCAACAGAAUCAGGACAUGUAAAAUCUAGUAAUCUAUUGCAGCAUUCUCUUGAGCACAAAAUUCUGUGUUCUUAUGUCAGUUACAAGAGAUCGGCAACAAGGAAUUACCAAGUUUCUUUUCUAAGUUACUUGCAUUCACGAGCAUGUGAUGAUUGUAUGUGCAACUGCGAACUGUUUCAGUCACUUUUGAUUCAUUUUGACGAUUGCCAACAUGAUAAUUGUAAUAUUUGUGGGCCUGUCUGGAAUCAUUAUACUCAUGAAAAACUUCAUCAGAAAAGGAGAGGUCCCCAGGGGAAUUUCUUGGACAGCGGUUCUGGUGGAUUCAGAUUUGCUGAUGGUCAAGACAUGCUGCAUCCUGCCAAACGGCUGAAGAUGCAAAAUACAUUUUUUCCAUUUUCAUCUGAGAGUGGAAUCUCUCAUGCAGUGCCUCCAUCAAAGGCUCAUCCUGUGGAGCUUAGAGGAUUUCCAUCCUUGCAGCAAUUUCCUGAUUCUCCUGUAUCAAUUAAUUCAGAGGUUAUGCAAGUGAAUAUGGAUCUGUUGACAAAUCUCAAUAAAGAUUCUAAAGGCAUCAGUGAGACUGCAAAUGAUGUAGGCAAAUCUCCUAAAUCAAAUUCCAAAUAUUUGCUUUCGUCUUUUCAAGAAAUUCAUGAAAUCCACAGGAGUCAUAUUCAUGAUAAUAUGGAUAUCAGAAGUGAUGGUGACAGAUUAGAAAAUGUUACAGAUUAUCCUAACUCAUUGAGAUUAAAGUCGGCACCUCCCCUUGCUGAAAAAUUGAGUGUUGGUUGCGAAAAGGAGGUGCCGGAGGUUAGGACCCAGGUUUUCCUGGCCAAGCCAGAAAUAAAAACCAAGGUUAUUGUACCAGAGCCCUGUGGAACAGGUAGGUCAAAAGAUCCCAGACCAAAGGGUGUGUCCUUAAUGGAAAAUUUCAUGGCAGAGGAAAUAAUAGAACAUGUAUCAAGUCUCAGACAGAACCAGAUUUUGCCAAAGCCAUUGACGGGAAACAAACAAAUAAAUUGUUUAAGUGAGAACUCAUGCCAGCUGUGUGGAGCAGAUAACCUUUUGUUUGCCCCAAUUCCAGUGUACUGUUCAUAUUGUGGGGUUCGCAUAAGACGUGGUGUGAUUUAUUACAGUACACCAGAAGAAAAUGGUGUCCGACAUUGUUUGUGUACCCUAUGCUAUAAGGAUUCUCGAGGUGGGACUAUCACAUUCUAUGGAAUCACCAUCUCUAAGGCGAAACUUCAGAAAAGAAGAAACAAUGAUGAAGCUGAAGAAUCAUGGGUUCAGUGUGAUAAAUGUGAAGGCUGGCAGCAUCAAAUAUGUUCUCUCUUUAAUGAUAAGAAAGAUAUGGAAGGCAAAGCUGAGUAUAUAUGCCCCAAAUGUUUGCUAGAAGAAAUUCAAAAUGGUGAGCAUACACCACUUAAAAAUGCUGCCAUUUCACUUGCAAGAGAUCUGCCAAGCACCAAGCUUAGCAAGUACAUGGAGCAAAGACUUUAUAAUGCCCUCCAAGAAGAGAGAGAGGAAAAAGCAAAAGCAACGAGAACAAGCAUUGACAAGGUUCCAGGAGUAGACGAGCUUGUUGUCAGAGUGGUCCUCUCAGUUGACAAACAUUUGGCAGUGAAGAAGCAGUUCUUGGAUAUCUUUCAGGUUGAAAGUUACCCGGCUGCAUUUUGCUACAGAUCAAAGGUGAGACAGAUGUUACAGCUAAGAUUUCAUUGCUAAUAGAUUUAUUUACAUAUUAUUGGCUUCAAAAACUGAUCUAAGAUAAAGUAUGAGAAAGAGAGUAGAAGACUAAAGAAAGAUAAAAGUAGACCCAAGAAAGAUAAAAACUGUAUCAGUUGGUUGCCACUGACCUUGAAAACCCUUGAAGGAUUUUAGGUUUGACAGGAUAAUACCACAAAUUCAUACAACAUUGCAAAGUGAGAACCCAACCACUUACAGACAUACUAAAGAAAUGAGCAUUUCAAUGACACUUUUGAGGCUGAUCAACUUUCCAGCACUUAAAAUCUGUCAUGACCUCCAGUCCAAUACUGAGAGUGCCAAAAUUUGGAAUCCGUUUGCUGGUGAAGCUGAUACCAGUAAUAAAAGGAUUGGAGCAGUACUAAUGCAAGAACGCUGGCCCAUAGCUUUCACAAGUAUGGACUUCAGUCCCAAAAACCAAGCAAAACCAGUGUAUGAAAAAGAACUCAUGGUUGUGUUGGAUGCAGUAACUCAGUGGUGCCAUUAUUUGGAAGGGACUCCAUUUUUCAUCAAGACAGAUCAAAGAAGUCUGAAAUAUUUGCUGGAUCAAACCAUAUCUUUUAUGAUCCAACAGAAAGGCAUCAUGAAAUUGUUAGGCCUGGAUUGCACCAUUCAAUAUAAGUAAGGUUCUUCCAGUACUGCUGCAGAUGCUCCCUCAAUAAGGGAAUAAGAGGAUCUUGCAGCUGAGGUCCCUACACUGUCUCGACUACAAUUUUUGCUUGACAUCUAAAGUAUUAAAAAGAUAUACCAAUAUUCUUUUACCCAACAAGUAUUUAAAGAGUUGUUGAUAUCCCUGGAAAGCAAGCCCCUUUUCAAUCUACAUCAUGGCCUUCUCUGUUAUAAAGGGAGAUUGGUAAUUGGAGAUAGUCUGUUGUGUUCCUUGACCCAAGACCUUGUCACCGGGCAGUUGACUGUAAAGUCUCCUUCACUCAAGGGAUUAUCACCCUUGUUUUUGUUCUUGCUACGAUCCAUUUUUGAGAAUACCCAAAGCUCAUCAAGAGGGAGCUGUCACCUUGAACCUCUUAGGGAGAUCCCAACUUUUUAGAGUAUAAAUUCUGACUUAUUUUAUUGACGGAGCAAAGCAUAUUUAAAUAGAUGUUACAUUGCUUAUUUACGAAGUUUAACUAGAUAGGAAAUAAUAAACUGAAAGAGGAAACAAGUACAGAAAAUAAAAGUUGUACACUUUUAAGGAAACCAGGUAGUAUUGGAAUAUUCCUAAUUAGAACUCUCCUAUGAGUUGCUUUUUAUGCAGUUUUUUUCUUAAAAUGCCUACCAUAAGCUUUCCCGAUGAAAGCAUCCACAACAUAGUCAUUGAAACUAGAUUACUACAUGAAUACCACAACUCAGCAGUGAGAGGUUACCAAGGAAUCAGGACUACCUAUGGCAGAGCAAAAUAACAUUUUUGUUGGCUAGACAUGAAGAAUCAUUAAAUAAAGUAUUGUGACACUUGUCAACGAUGUAAAGCCAAGAAGGCCCCGUUACUUAAACUCCUGCAACUAUUACCCAUACCUUCUCAAGCAUGGUCUCAUAUAUUUAUGGAUUUCAUCGAACAACUUCUCAAGUCUGAAGGUAAAAAGACCACACUGGUGGUGGUAGACUGUCUCACUAAAUAAAGGCACUUCACACCACUGCGCCACCCGUUCACAGCUUAAGAAGUAGUUAGGCUAUACAUGGAAACCAUUCAUAAGUUACAUGGUAUUCCACAACUUUAAGUCUCGGACAGAGAUAAAGUAUUCAUCAGCCUUUUCUGGAGAGAAUUGAUCAAGGUUGUGGGAACUAAUCUUCAUUUCAACUCUGUCUACCACCCUUAAAUAGAUGAAUAAACAGAACUGACUCAAGCAAUGUCUCGAGAUGUACUUCAAGUGCAUGACCCAUCAACAACCUAAAAAUUACACUUUUUAUUUCAAAAAGAAAAAACAACCUAAAACUUGGACCAAGUGGCUUCCCGCUGUAGAAUAGUGGUAUAAUACUUCAGACCACAUGGCAUGACCUCCUUCCAAGUACCAUAUAGAUAUGCUCCUGCAUGCUUCUUGGAUGCUAUCCACCCACAUUCCUCCUCACAUUUAGUAAAAUUCUUCAUUGCAAAAAGGAAUGAGUCUAACUGACCGAUCAAGCAACACCUCUUAAAAGCUCAACUACAAGCCAAAUAGUAUGUCGACGCCCGUUAAAAUGAAAGAAGCUUUAAGGAGCAUGACCUAGUGUUGCAACCAUUUAAGCAGGGGUUGAUACGACAGGAUGAAGGUUCCAAAUUAUCCCCCGCUUCUCUAGUCCUUUUGAAGUAAUACAGAAGAUUGAACUUGUGGCAUAUAAGCUCAAAUUGCCUCUGUCCUCCCAUAUCCACCCGAUUUUUCAUGUGUCCCAAUUAAAGAACUACAUUGCAGGUAGAGAAAUUGUAGUAAAAGACUUACCUGCCAGCAAUUGGGAAGGCAUAAUAAAUGUUCAACCAAAGCAAGUGCCACAACAAAGGACCAUAUUACAUGGGAAUCACCCGGUGGACCAGGUCUUUAUCUCUUUGAAGGACUGUGUGUACAUCUGUCAACAAUUCCCCGACCUCAACCUUGAGGACAAGAUUGUUGCUAAAGGAGAAGGCCUUGUAAGGAAGCCUCUUAAAAUGUAUCAUAGGAAAAAAGGUAAAAUGGAAAGUAAUGGUAAAAAGAAAGCGUAGAAGAGUAAUUAGAUUAUGCUCCCAUUUGAUCAAUGCACUUGAUCUGGCUAUUGUAACCAACAGGUGCGCCUCUCUCUACCUGGCCUAUAAAUAUGGCCCUCUAUUGUGAGAUUUCAUUCUAGAAGAAAUUAAAAGUUAAACCAGUUUAACUUUCUUUGUCUCUCUCUCUCUCUCUCGAUGAACUCUCAUUUCUCUCUCUUUUCCUUUUUUCCAUCUUCAAUCUCAACAUCACGAACUAUAAGCAAGGGUAUGAUGUUAUACUCAAACUUAUAGAAUUGAUUAUGUAGAGAUUUUUCUCUGGUUACAAAGAUGAAUGAUGUUAGAAAUCUUGUUGUCAUUGACAACUAAUUAUGGUCUGGAAUUGCAAUAGUUUGAUGUCAAGAAUGCAUUUUUUUCAUGAAGAAUUAGAGGAAGAAAUUUAUAUGGAGGUCCCGCCAGGUUAUAAGGAUAAGUUGAUUGCUCAUAUAGUGUGUAAGUUGAAAAGAGCCUUAUAUGAAUUUAAGUAAUCACGACAGGCAUAGUCUAGUGUGGAAGUUAUGAUGGUCAUGAGAUAUAAAGAAGGCCAAGGGGAUCAUACUUUAUUUAUUAAACACUCACCUAUAAGGAGAGUCACAAUUCUCCUAUUAUAUGUUGAUGACAUAAUAGUGACAGAGAAUAUAUGAGAAGGAGAGACAAUUUCUCAGUCAGUUUUUUGCUAAAGAGUUUGAGAUUAAGACGAAGGUUGGAAUAUUUUCUUAAGAUUGAGGUGGUUAGCUCUAGAUAGGGUUUAAGUACUCCAACAGCCGCAAAUCUUAGACUUGGAAAGGGAAAGGAGGAUGUUGCAGUAGAUAGGAAAAUAUAUCAAUGUCUGGUAGCAAGUCUCAUUUAUCUAUUUCAUACAUGAUCAGAUAUAGUUAUAUGGGAUGAGCGUAAUCAAACUGUUCAGGCAUGACCCUAAGAAAGUUUAUCUGCAGGUAACUUGCCAAGUGUUAUAGUAUUCUAUUCAAAAGGAAUGGAGGUUUAGUACUCAAGGAAUAGAUGGAUGAUGAUUAUGCUGUGUCCAUUGUUGACAGGAGGUCAAUCUCUAGAAAUUGCACCUUUUUUGGCAAAAAUCUUGUGACAUGGAGGAGUAAAAAUAGAAUGUUAUUGCACGGUCUAGUACGAAGACAAAAUUAUGAACAAUGGCUUAGGGUGUGUAUGAAUGUCAGGAACUCAUUUAGGGUGUAAUAUAAGGAAGGGUAAAUUAGAAAAUUCACACCAAAAAGUAAAAUAGUAAAAGAAAACUAAGGUUAGGGUUUGUCAAUCCUAAUCAUCUCUUCAAUCCACAAGUCGAGGUCCCUGCCCUCUGCAUUCCGUUCCGCCGCGACGCUGCGCUCAUUAUCACCAUGUGAUUCCGGCAAGCAUGAUUCCACCAAGAAGAAUGCCUUUAUUUAUUGUAUUGAGGCCUAUAAAAGACCUUCUAUCACUCGUAACCAUCAGAAAAUCAAUUAAUAAAAUUAUUUGUCUUUCUCUUCAGCAUUCUUCAUCUUUUUCUUCGUUUUUAUUUUUCCUUCAAAUCAAAAUCAUGUCAAAGGCUUCUGACAAGUUGGUAUUAGAGGCCGAACCGGCUAAAUCCUAUGCCGGUGUGGCCACACGAACUCGGUCCAAAGGGAAGGCUGUGAUCACCGAACUAGAGGGCCCUGAAACGAUCACCACGAAAGAGGUCGACCUGAAACUCUCCCCGUUCAUGGACAAAAUGAACGCAUUCCGCUAGGAAACGCGUCAACAUCUCACCACGAUCCUGGAUCUGAUCCACAGCAGCUCUGCCGACCGGACCGAAGCAAGCUCAAUGCCCUCAACCGCCGAGAUUCACAAAAAUAGAGGCCUCCUGCCUCUCCCAGACAACGCACUUGUAGAAGGGACGAAAUCUAGGUUUGGAUUUCCUUUUUUUGCCGGUUUAAUGGAGAAAAACCAGAUCGAAUCGGUAGAAGAAGCAGUUCAGUCCAAACCAGCCCGAACCGACCCGGUCCAACCCGAAUCAGGCCAAAAACAAACAGAACCAGCUUGAAUCAGACUAGCCCAAUACAGUCUCUGGAUUGCACUGGACUACCCACGACGAUGAAUUGACCUAGUUUGUUACAUAAUUUUGUACUUCUUAGAGUGGAAAUUCCUCUUUUCAAAGGAGCAAACCCCCACAGGUCGGUUCAAAAAUGUUAAAAAUAUUUUAUGAUCCACAAUACUUUUGACGAGCAAAAGAUGGAAAUUAUGUUUCUAUAUUUAAGAAAAGUUGCUGAUAUAUGGUAUCGCGAUUGGCUAGACAAGGUUGAUACUCUGAAUUGAGAAUAGUUUGUGGAAGAACUUUCUCGGCGAUUCGGGAGACCCUCACGGAAAGAUUUUAUAGAGAAGUUCACCAAAUUAGCCAAAACAGGUACUAUUCUCGAUUAUCUAGAACAAUUUGAAUAUUUAUGCUAUCUUAUGGAUGCAUAAAACUCAACACUUUCAGAAAGAUUUUUCAUACACCUUUAUCAGUAGUCUCAGGCCACAACUACAAUUCAUGCUAAGGCUCCUCAAGCCACGAACACUCAAUCAAGUAUUUGAACAGGCCUUACUUCAGGAACAGUAUGUGAUAAAACUGUUCCGAUGUUCAUAUCUUACUAGUAAAAUUAAAGUAUCUGAAAUAAGAAAUUAUGACCCACCACUCCGAAAGGAAACAGACCCAAGAAGAGCAAUGGUUAGUUGUUACAAGUGUAAAGAAUAGUAUUUUUCGAGACACUAUUGUUCAAAUAAAACAAUAAUGACAAUGGAGAAAAUUGUUACAGAAGACUCUUUAAAAUAAAAAUUUCUACAAUUCAACUUUGCAGAUAAGGUUGAUACUCAAGAGGAGAGUAUUGUCAGGAACCCAUUUAGAGUGUAAUAAACGGAAGGGUAAAUUAGGAAAUUCACACUAAAGGCAAAAUAGUAAAAGAAAACUAGGGUUAGGGUUUGUCCCUAUCCUUUGCGUUCCAUUCUGCUGCGAUGCUCAUUAUCACAGCAUGAUUCUGGGUCCUAAACUUUUGCACCACCACUCAACUCUUUGGUACUCACCCUAGAGAACCCCGUGUCCCUUUUCCAUGAAAAAACUGAAGUUGCAAACAAGGUUUUUAUUCUCUCUUUCUAACUUUCUCUCUAAAAAUUUCUCUCUAGCCAACUGCCCUAUUGGGUCCCUAGUAGGCCAACUUGACCGGCCACCUAACCUAGGUAUUUGGAAUGAGUAUUUUUGGGAGAAGUUAUUUUAUCAUAGAAAAUAAAUCUUUCGAUUCAAUGUGUUGGAUAGUUUGAGAAUCACUGAGAAUGGACGUGGUUUUAGGCGUUCGAUUUUUUUGGAAAAAGAUGAGUAUAAGUGGUUUCUUGAUGCACUUGACGAGUUCUAGUGGAGGAAGAGACAGGGGACAUGGACCAAACACUUGGUGAAGAAAAACUACGAGCUAUGGUUCUCUUUUGGGAAGAAUAGAAGAGGGGAAUACUUAGCUUUGACAGUGCAAUGGAAUCGGCAGGUGAAGAGGAUAUUUUUUCCCGGUGGUCCUCAAGGUAAAGGUUGGUGGAAACUGCUAGUUGCUGCGUUUGAGCUUGCGGACAGACCUGUGAAAACCCUUAACUUUGAGUCAGUGAAUGGGCGGGUAAGCAAGUGGGGGCACAUUGAAAAGGUGAGUCAUCCCAAAAGGCCGUGGAAGUUAUCCUUUCCACAUCCGCAUUACAAUGUUCCGAAUUAAUGUUGCAAUAGAUGGUGGCGCUCCAAAAUCAUAUGUGGUGGCACUGAAGAAAGAUGAAGGAGAAGCAAAACGGGUAGGCAGAGGAAGUAUGGAGAGAAGGUGGACCGGGUUGACCCGAAUAAGAUAGAGGAAGGGUUAGCCCAAAAUGAUAGAAAUUUUAGUCGUCCUGGCCUUUAGGGUAAAGGCUAUGUACGAAUGACGGGUCUGAACAAGAAUAAAACCAAGUGCAUGGGUCGGGUAAGACAAAUAGAUACACUUGGCAAGAGAAGGAGAAAUGGGUUACAGGCCCAGACAUAGAAGCAAGUCCAACUUGCGAAACUGGUUUGGGCAUGGGUUUUAACCCGACUCAGGGGGAAUGUUCAGGAUUUAAAAUGAAGUUGUCCGCUGGAAAGAGAAUCGCAAAGGAAAAGGAGGCUCGAAGUGUCGAAGGUGAAAAAUUAGGGUUUGAGGGAAAGGCAAUGAGUGAGAUUGGUGACGAGUGUGAAGUGGUCCCUGAACAAAAAAACCCAAGUGAGGGAGAUGAUGAUGAGCGGGUCUCUCUGUUCUCUACGACAGAGGACUUUGAUAAUGACAACAAAGUUUCGUUAUUGGAGGAUGUUGUUCUCGAAUCUGUUGUUGGUAAAGGUAGACGAUGAUCCUCAGGCUCUUGUGUCUGGGAAUCAGACGAACAUUGAAGAAAUCCUACAAAUUAGUUUGGAGGACGUGAAUAUCACCGUGAAGGAGGUAGAUUACUGUUCAUAGUGGGUGGCAAAUAACGUUCAGAAAUUCAGUAAACAGAUGGGAGUCUUGAUUAAAGGUAUGGAACAUCUUACCUUUUUAUUUUUCUCUGAGAUAGAAAAGAGAAAGGUUUCAAAGAAGAAGUCUAGGAUGGCAAACAGUAAGAGGAAAAAACAGAAUGGGGGUAAAUCAAGGGAGUUAAAGAGGUUGGAAACAUCAAUAAAUUAUGAGAACAUAAGCAAA